GACCAUAACAGCAUCGAAGGUUGAGCUUCUUAUUACUAUUAUUACUCUUGUUAUCUGGUUUUUCAUGGUCAUUUUCUGGUUUGUCUGUCUCCCUUUCAAAAAGAAAGAAACAAAAGCAAACUUCACAGAACCAAAGACCAAGAUCCACUUUAUUAUUCUCAUCGUCAUCGUCAUCAUCUCUUCUCUUGUUUAUUUAUUCCCUCCCUUUCUCUUCUCUCUCUCUCUCUCUCUCUCUCUCUGUAUAUAUAUAUAUAUAUACACAUAAUCUGAUAUAUAAAUAAUCAUCAGUACCUGACUGACACUCCAUAUCCCUAUCUUCUUAUAUUGUGUUUCAUUCACUUCAUUCCUUCACAUCUAUAUUAUUCUCUCCACCAUUUCAUCACCUAAUCAUUUGUAUUGGAUCCAAUGGAGAGUGUGGAGUUGAAGGUUGAGAUGGUUGGUAUACAUGAGAAGAGACUCAGGAAAUGUCUUUCCAAAUUGAAAGGAAUAGAGAAAGUAGAAGUGGACACAAAUAGUCAGAAGGUGGUAGUGACAGGGUACACACACAAGAACAAAGUAUUGAAAGCAGUGAGAAGAAGUGGUUUGAAAGCUGAUUUCUGGUCUGCUCAAAAUGAGCUUCUUCAAGCUUAUGCUGGAGGUGGAGUUGCCUAUGCAAAUUUCAGAUUCCCUACCUUUAACUUCUUCUAGAACAACUUUUAUUUUUACUAUUAUUAUUAUUAUUUCUUUACUAUAUAUAUAUAAUAUUAAUAUUAAUAUU